AGAGGUACCACUCCGGGCCUGGUCUAUCUCACUCAUCUUCAAGUACUUGAGAUAGAAGCAGCCAGCAGCCAGCUGAUCUCAGCAGUGAGCAGCUAAAUUGGCUCUUGAGCCUUGAAGCCUUGGAGACGCAGGUAAGGAUUGAAAAUUCAAUGAGUGGACCUUUCCCAACAGAGCCUACAAAGGGGCCCCUUGCCAUGCAACCUGCUCAAAAAGUAAACCUCAGAAGGACAUCUUCCCUGGUGGGCCCCACACAAAGCUUCUUCAUGAGGGAAUCAAAGGCUUUGGGGGCUGUCCAAAUCAUGAAUGGCCUCUUCCACAUUUCCCUGGGGGGACUGCUGAUGAUCCCCACAGGGGUCUUUGCACCUAUUUGUUUGAGCGUAUGGUACCCUCUCUGGGGAGGCAUUAUGUACAUUAUUUCAGGAUCACUCCUGGCAGCCGCAGCAGAGAAAACCUCCAGGAAGAGUUUGGUCAGAGCGAAAGUGAUAAUGAGCUCUCUCAGCCUCUUUGCUGCCAUUUCUGGAAUAAUUCUUUCAAUCAUGGACAUACUUAACAUUACAAUUUCUCAUUUUUUAAAAAUGGGGAGACCGGAUUUUAUUAAAACUUCCAAGCUAUAUGUUGAUAUCUACGACUGUGAGCCAUCUAAUUCCUCAGAGAAAAACUCCCCAUCUACACAGUACUGUAAUAGCAUGCAGUCUGUGUUCUUGGGCAUUCUGUCGGUGAUGCUGAUCUCUGCCUUCUUCCAGAAACUUGUGACAGCCGGCGUUGUGGAGAAUGAAUGGAAGAGAAUGUGCUCCAGACCCAAAUCAAAUGUGGUUCUGCUGUCAACUGGAGAAAAAAAAGAGCAGACAAUUAAAAUGAAAGAAGAAAUCAUUGAGCUAAGUGGAGUAUCUUCCCAACCAAAGAAUGAAGAGGAAAUUGAAAUUAUUCCAGUGCAGGAAGAAGAAGAAGAAGCAGAGAUCAACUUUCCAGCACCUCCCCAAGAGCAGGAAUCCUUGCCAGUGGAAAGUGAGAUUGCGCCUUAAACUCUUCUUUUAUAAGCAUUAUUGUUUAGAGAGCUUCCAAGACACGUAGUUACCCUCAUCUCUGUGGCCUUCUGCAAUCUAGUCUCCAUAGUUCCACUGCUUACAUUCUCUUUGCAUAGAGAAGCCACAUCUAGCUCGCCUUCACAUUUGGAGAAUGCAGUGAUUAUAAAAGGCUGUCUUUUUUCCAUGCUUAGGGAAUCUUACACUGGCAGAAAUGCUGAAGAACCCAAUUCUAAUUCACCUUUUCCUUGGGUGAGUGUCUCAGUAGUGGUAAUGCUUUUUCUCCAUUUCUUCCAUCAGCACUUAGAGCAGAGGGAAACGACACAUGAUUGUUCCAUUCAUCUCUGAACUCUCUGACUCCUUCUACAAUUUCAGUAGAGUCCCUUUUGCAUUAUUGUUUUAAGGAAAAUGGUAAUAAUAAUGAGAGAAAAUGAGAUAACUAUAUGCCUGUGGGAAAGGCACACAUGUUCUUCAAGUUUCUGUAUCCCACUUGGGAAGCUGUGAAAGGCCUAUUCCUAAGCCUGUCUCUGUGCAAAAAGCAUAGCUUACACAUAAGCAAGUCUCUGUGUCUUAACUUUGCCCAACUCCAGUUUCUUGCUUCUGGUCACAUCGUUUAUGUACUUGUAUUCUUUAGUCAAGAGAAGAAAGAAUGGUGGGACAGAAAUGUCAUUAAUGGGUAAGCAAGAGCUUACAAGAUGCUUUCCAGAUGACAGAGUAGUUUAUGAAAUAGUUUCACUUGGUCUUUCAUGA